AUGGCGCCCGUGGUAAUCGAGCUGCCGCCUAGCGAGCAUGUCGGUCAUCUACUGCCCUCCGUCAUGUCGGUGUCGGAUAGUGAGAGGUGGACAAGCUCCGGGACUGAUCCACGACCAACAAUUCAGUUCCUCACCUUCAUGCGACGCGCUACGCUGGACUUUACGAAAAGAAUUUUCGAGGACGAGCCACUUCUAGAAGAGCUGCGCGGCUACAAAUUCGACAUCGGCUUUUCGGAGUGCUUGGAGGGCAGUGGAUUUGCCAUCUUCCACCGCAUCGGCCUCGACAAGUACAUCGGGAUUUUGUCGUCUACAUUCGGCGCGAGUUUCCCGUCAAUUUUCGGGGCACCGAUGGCGCCCGCAUACGUGCCGUCGAUGUCGUCGAGUUCAACGGAUCAAAUGAGCUUCGUGGAGCGAGCGAUGAAUUUGGUCGGAUCGGUGAUGGAAAAGCACAUGAUCACCGGCGGCUUCGCAAUGUUUGACGACUAUUUACGAACUGUCGAUCCUGAAUUUCCGAAAAUAGAGGAUCUCCUCACCGGCUCCUCGUUUGUGCUGGCCAACGUCGAGCCCUACUACGAUCAUCCCCGCCCUCUAAUCCUGAAGCUACAGUAUUUCGGAGGGAUUGCCGUGCCGGAACCCCGGCCAUUAGAGCAGAAAUGGAAAGAUAUCCUGAAUCUCCGCCCGGCCACCGUGCUCAUCUCGUUUGGAAGUAUCGCGAAGAGCAAGGAUAUGCCGCGGGAAUCGAAGAUGGCCAUUAUCAAGGCUAUUAAAAGUUUCCCCGACGUCACCUUCAUCUGGAAAUAUGAAGCCCCCGAAGAGCUUCCAGAAGCCCAAGAAGCGCCGAAUUUGAUUCUUCACCCCUGGGUGCCGCAAGCCGACUUACUCGCCGACAACCGCCUGACGGCGUUCAUCACCCACGGCGGCGCCGGCAGCGUCAACGAGUUUACCUGGCGAGGCAAAAAAGCCAUCGUCGUGCCCCUCUUUGCCGAUCAAUUCGCCAACGCGAAGCUGGUCGGCCGUGUGGGCAGCACGCUGGAGUACAACAAGUUCGAGCUGGGCGAUGCCGCCAAGUUGGAGUCGGCGAUACGGGAGCUGCUGGAUAAUGAAACGCUAACCAAAAAUGCGGAGCGGAUGGCCGCGAUGUUGGCGAAUCGCCCCUUUCCGCCUCGUGAAGUUCUCCUGAAAACCACCGAGUUUGCGGCGGCGUACGGCCCGCUGACCGAGCUCGACCCACAUGGUCGCCAGCUCUCCUUCAUCGAGUACUUCUUGCUUGACCAUUUUCUACUCAUCCUCCAGCUGCUCUUCAUUCUCAUCGCCGGGUGGGGCCUCGUCGCUUCUUCCACACCCUUCAAUACGGUCCUAUACGCCCAUCUUAUGCCGAAAGAUUUUUCACCGGACUUCUGCCGUGAGUUUCUCUACUGGUUCUCCUUGUUCAUCUGCUUCAGUGUGCUCUGCUGCGUGUGGGCCAUGCGAAAAGUUCGCCGAAUGUCACCGAACAGCCCGCACGGCGAGGGCAGCCGGCUCACCCCAGCGCUCGCGCUCCUUCCAAUGUUGCUGGUGGAGAUAGUCUUGUUUCUCCCGUUGACGAGCUGGUCGGCGUCCACCUUCUCCUUCAGCCUGCUCGCGCUCAGGGCGGUCGAGACGGGCACACUGGCCGCGCGUCUAUUUCAAGUCUUCCGCUUCUCGGUAGUGCCGGUGUGCUUCGUGUGGUUCUGCCUCGGCUACGCCAUCUACUGCACCUGCGUCGGCUUCACCUACAUCCACCGCCAGACGUCGCGCUCCGUGCAAUUUUCACCGCUGCGCGAGGAGAUCCCCGACAAUUUCAACAACUCCAUCUCGCUGGACUGCUCCAUUGGCGAUUUCCCGCCCGGCCUUCCCAGCACGCUCGGGUCGCCGUCAAGAAUUCCGGGCCGCAGCAACAGCCUGCAGACGAGCCGCGCCCGUCAGAUGAGAUGCAGAAACCCGGAUGAGCUGACCAUCUCGAUCACGCCGGUUGACGAGACGUUCGUGGAUGAAAUGGAAUCGCCGAGCAGAUCCGGUGGGCGUCUCAACUCGUCUUUCUCAUCGCUCCGCAUCCUGCCCACGCUCAACGAGGACGAGGAGGCCACCACUCCGCCUGGCAAGCUACGCCCCGAAGACAUUGAGCUGAAAGUGAGCCCGGUGAACAGCAUC